AUGCCAACGCACAGAAAUUACACCUCCGACAAAUUUAGUGGCUCUGCCAAAUACACCAAAUCCAAAACUGGCAGCACAAAGACGACAAGUGGGUCGAUUAAUGGAAAAUACAAAUUCAAUGACAAAUUCUCAGUGAAUGGCAAUGCACAAAAAACAAAUACAAAUGGACAAAGGUCCUCGAGUUUUGGAGUCGGAGCAGAUUACACUUCCAAGAAACUGACUGCCUCCACAUCCUACACACAAAACAAGAGUCCAAAUUCAAAGACUAAGAACUUGAAAUAUUCCGCAACGUACAAACCCACAGACAAUCUCAAACUGUCGACGGACGGAUCCUUCACAAAGCAAAAUGGUCAAAAGAGCCGCGAUCUCUCUGCCUCCGCCGAUUACACCUCCAAAAAGCUCGACGCCAAUGUGAAAGUUUCAAGCAGCAAAAGUGUCCAAACGAAGUCGAAGAGUAUCGCCGGUGGAGUGGCAUACAGACCGACGGACAAAGUCACAAUAGGUGCCAACGGCAAGUAUUCCAAAACAAACGGCGUCGCCUCUAAAGAAGUGAACGUCAAAGGAAGUUAUACCGGAGACAAAUUGAGUGUGAACGGUGCUUUGAGUUCCGGUAAAAAUGGGAAUGACAAAACUAAGAGUUUGAGUGUUGAUGGGAAGUACAAAGUGAACGACAAAUUGACCGUCUCGGGCGGAGCGAAGAGAAAGAACACAAACGGGAAUAAAAGUAGUGAAGGGAACUUGAAGGCGGAAUAUAUCGGCAAAAAAGUGCAGGCGACACUGGAUUUGCAACAAACUCAAACCGGUAAAAGUAAGAGUGGGUCAGUUGAUUUUCAAGGGAAAUAUCAGCCGAACGAGAAGAGCGAAAUUCAUACAAAUUUUAAGACGUCGAAAAGAGACGGGAAACGACAGAACGAGUUUGGGAUAGGUGGAAGAAACGCGAAGGUUGGGGGAGGAGAUAGAAGUGUUGAAAUUGCCGCUGGGUAUAAUCCUAAUGACAAAUUUGGGAUUGAAGGUAACGCAAAAUUUGGGAAGGAAAACGGAAAGAAGAUCAAUUCAUAUGGAGUGAAGGCAAAUUAUAAGCCGAAUGAUAAAUGGGACUUGAAUGCCGAAAUUAAUAAGGCGAAUGGAGGAAAAGUCAGGUAUACUGUUGGAGCGGAUUAUAAGAUUAAUGAUCGAGCGAAAGUGGGAAUGAGAGUCGGAAGAGAUGAGGGCAGAGGUAAUUUUGUUGGAAUUGGAGGAUCAAUUUCAUUCUAA